AUGCAGAGUGUUCCCAUCCUGGGUCCUUGGUUGAGCACAGUUGUUUUACAUCUUCCUCUUAAUUCUGGUGGCAAAUGGAAGGCUCCUUGCCCACUUAGUUGGAGAGUUUAUAGGAUAGAAGUGUAUGUGUCUGGAAGGUGUCAAAGGAUUGAAAGACGUUAUCGAGCAUUUCAUGCCCUCCAUAAGCAGUUGAAGAGAUUGGUCCAAACACCAAGUUUUCCACCUAAGAAAAUGAGAAACUCCAGUCCAAAGUUGAUAGAACAAAGGAGACAAGCUCUUGAACAUUAUGUACAGGAAGUGCUUCGACUGCAGCCACUGCCAAAAGAAGUAUUGGUAUUUCUGUCCCUUCCAACGGUAUCUCCUUCUGCAAGUCUAGAUUCUUUGGAACAGUUAAGUAUAGAAAAGAAGACAACACACCAACCUAUUAUGACUUUUCUACCAAAUCCUUUUUCUGAACCAGCAUACUCUGGUUCACUUCCAGAUAUUGUUGUAGAUGGAGUCAUUAUGGGGAUGUAUUCAGCAGAGGAACAAGUUACAAGUUCUGUUAGAUAAUUGUAAAAUAUUUGAGUUAUCAAAAGUGGUUGAUUAUACUUGUAAUUCAAAUUGUUGAGUUUAUAAGCAGGAAACCAUCAAUAUGUAAAUGCUAAAAUAGAAUAUUUUUUAUAAACUUAAUUUUACAGAACAGAAUAUUUAGCCUAAAUUUAUUUAUAUUAUGUGUUUGUUUGUCUGAAACUCCUCCCAGGUUUCGGAGCUGGCAGAACAAAUCUUGGCAGGCAGACUCAAAUGACUUGGAGGGGAGGGGGGGGGACGAUU